GAUACUCAAGGGACCUUGACCAUGAAGUUGGAGCGGCAUGAAGCUUGCCUCACCUUAAAUACGAUGAGCCGGCACGUUAAGAGGCAGGCCCAGCAGACGGAGAGAGAGAUAAAAGACAAGUUUGAGAAACUCCAUCAGUUUCUGCAGGAGGAAGAGGAGGCCAGGAUUGCCGCGCUGAAGGAGGAAGAGGAGCAGAAGAGUCAGAUGAUGAAGCAGAGGAUUGAGAAGAUAACGAUGGAGAUGCCCUUCAUCUCAAACACAAUCAGCACCAUAGGAACCAAGGAACUGCAAGCUGAAGACAUCUUCUUCCUGCAGGGGCAACCGAGAACCAAGAAUUGCAGUCUCCAUGCUAACAGGGCACUCCCUUACUGUGGAAACCACGAGAGUCGCAGCAGUAAGAGGGGCAAGGAGCUGCUCAUCUUUGUUACGCUGAUGGAUGGUGAGGACGGCGAUCCUUCUCUCCAACUCCGCAACUUUUUGUGA